AUGACUACUCGCGUCGCACCCUUACCAGUGCAUUUCGCACCUCCGCCAUGGGCCGGAGAUCGCGCGCAGGCAGCGAGGCGUGCAGCAGAGAGGCACGCGGCAGAGACCGGCUCCGAACGAUCUCGUCUCCCAUGCCGCGCGCGCAUGAAGCGCGUGGUGCGGAGAGAGGGAAGGGGGCACGGGGUGGCGAUCCGCAGUGCUCCGCGCUUUUUCUUCAGCGCACGCACGGCUGUCGCCGACUCGUCCCGCGGCGACCUUUCUAGGGGCGGUUUCGUGGCAACAGCUGCUGCUGCUGAGACAGGGGGGAGAGCAGCCGGGUGUGACAGUAUCGAGCGGAUCGCAGAGCUGAUUCGCCGCACGCAUGCACCUGAGCGCUAUGCGCAUGGCAGCGCGGGACGCGGGGAAGGCACAGCUGAGAGGGGGAGUGCGGUGGUGCACGAGGGGCAUGCGGAGGAGCCAUUGCGGUCACUGGACGCAGGGCGGUGGGUGAAGCUCAUUUGCGGGGCCAGCUUCGAGGACGUGGCAGAUGUGCGCAACCUCGCCUUCAUCUACACCCUUGCAGGUGGUGCGUGCUGUGCUGUGCUGUGCUGGGGUGGGAUACGCACUGCCAUGCUCGAGGUACAGUGGUGGAAUGCUCAUGAGACUGUGCGGCGGACACAGCAGUGGUGGCGGCAGCAUGUCUCAACCUAUCCAUCUCCCACGUAUCGCCCUCAUUAUCCCCUUAUCCCUACCCCCACCCCAUUCUUUCCCCCAGUGGACUGCAUCGACUGUGCGGCGGAGCCAGCAGUGGUGGCGGCGGCAAGGGACGGCAUCAAUGCCGCCACGGCCUGGGCUGCACGCACCCUCAUGGAUGGCCGCGUGUAUGGGGGGGAAGCGGCAGCUGCCCAGAGGGACGGGCGCGUGGGGGAAGCAGUAGGGCAGUUGAGGGGUGGGAGUGGGGGGGAGGUUGCAGGUGAGGGAGUGGGGGACGGCAGGGCUGGAGGGGGGAAUGGGGAGGGAGGGAGGCGGCCAUGGGUGAUGGUUAGUGUGAGCGAUGGGCAGGACCCGCACUUCCGCAAGGCAGUAUUCGACGCCUCUGUCUGUCCGCCCACCUGCCCUCGGCCCUGUGAGCGAGUCUGCCCCGCCGCUGCCAUCCGCUUCCCACCCACUGCCGCAGAUGCUGGCCCCACUGCCGCAGAUGCUGGCCCCACUGCUGCACAGGCCAGCAUGGCCGGAAGCAGCAGCAGCAGCAGCAGCAGCAGCAGCAGCAGCGCUGGGGUGAUAGCAGAGCGGUGCUACGGCUGUGGCCGAUGCAUCCCUGUAUGCCCCUUGGCUCUCAUCUGUACGUCUGUCCUUCCUUAUCCCCAUAACCUUUUACCGCAAAGGGUGGCACGCUGCAUUUACCAGUGCCAGCCGUACGGCACUUUGAAUCACAUCACAGCUGCCCCAGUUGCGCCCGUAUACCCCUUCCCGCCCAGCCCAUGGUGUCUGCCCUCGCCGCCACUCAUACACUCUCAAAACCGUGUCUCCAUACCUCUCUGCGUGCCAUACGUCCCACACCUCUCGAGCUGUCUGUCUUUACGUCAACCAUUGCCUUGCCCUUCUCUCUGCCUCCUCCCCUCUGUCUUCCUCCUCCCUUCUCUUUGCCUCCUCCCCUCUGUAUUCCUCCUCCCUUCUCUUUGCCUCCUCCCCUCUGUAUUCCUCCUCCCUUCUCUCUUUGCCUCCUCCCCUCUGUAUUCCUCCUCCCUUCUCUCUUUGCCUCCUCCCCUCUGUAUUCCUCCUCCCUUCUCUCUUUGCCUCCUCCCCUCUGUAUUCCUCCUCCCUUCUCUCUUUGCCUCCUCCCCUCUGUCUUCCUCCUCCCUUCUCUCUGCCUCCUCCCGUCUCUCUGCCUGUGCAUGUGCGUGUCUUUCUCUUUGUCCCCCUCCCCCACUCUCCCUCUCGCCCCCAUCAGCGGCAGAGGAGCACCAGCGAACAGAGGAGGACACCCACCUGGACGAGUUCAACGCCUUGUGGGCAUCCAUCGGUGUAGCAGCAGGGGCCCUCAAGCUGGUUGCUGUGAGUCUGCCAGACCUGGGGGAGAGCAUGCAAGCUGCCAUGCAUGCCAUGCACCGCACCAUGCUCCCACAGCUCUGUGCCGCCAAUCUCUGGCAGGUAUGGUAUGGCACUCUCUCCUUUUUUUGUCGACCCCGGAACCAACAGCCUGCCAUGCAUGCCAUGCACCGCACCAUGCACCGCACCAUGCACCGCACCAUGCACCGCACCAUGCACCGCACCAUGCACCGCACCAUGCACCGCACCAUGCACCGCACCAUGCACCGCACCAUGCACCGCACCAUGCACCGCACCAUGCACCGCACCAUGCACCGUACCAUGCACCACACCAUGCACCGCACCAUGCACCGCACCAUGCACCGCACCAUGCACCGCACCAUGCACCGCACCAUGCACCGCACCAUGCACCGCACCAUGCACCGCACCAUGCACCGCACCAUGCACCGCACCAUGCACCGCACCAUGCACCGCACCAUGCACCGCACCAUGCACCGUACCAUGCACCACACCAUGCACCGCACCAUGCACCGCACCAUGCACCGCACCAUGCACCACACCAUGCACCGCACCAUGCACCGCACCAUGCACCACAACUGCUGCACUCCAGCUUUCUUUUUCUCUCUCCCUUAUCAUUUCUCCUCUCCCACGCUUUCCUUUCUCUCUUCCCUUUUUAUUCCCCCACCCUCUCCAUCCCUCCCCCCAGUUGGACGGGCGCCCUAUGAGUGGGGACAUAGGUGCCGGAGCGACACGUGCCGCCGUGCGAUUGGCUGCCAGGGUGGCGGCACUCCAGGACAGGCCACCAGGUGGGAUGCAGGUUCAACCAGGUUACUUGCAGAUAGCAGGCGGGACCAACAGUCACACGGUCACGGCAUUACAAGCUCAAGGGCUGCUGCCUGCUUCUGCUUCUGGUGCGUGCUAUCCCGCGUUGCCGCUGCUCCCACUACACCACAGCAGUUGCCGCCACAGCAGUUGCCGCCACAGCAGUUAAACCGUCCUCGUCUUGAGUCAUCCCAGAGGCACCUUGCUGCUGCUUACAUCAACGCCGCUGCAGGCUGUCCUCUCCUUGGCUCGUCCUCACCUUGGCUCGUCCUCACCUUGGCUCGUCCUCACCUUGGCUCGUCCUCACCUUGGCUCACCCCCGUUUCUGUUUUCUGA